AUGGCCUUCGAGAUUAUUCAAUUUCCUUCGACCGGUCGGUUUCCGGCCGUUCUACUGACGACUACUGACUUCCCGAAGGUGAGUUUCGAGCCAUAGAAGUAAUAGAGUACACAUUACAAAACUUUUUUGACUGUAUUUUCAACAUCUACUCUGAAUUUAACCCACAGUAAAGUCUAAGACAAUGUUUGACACAAGUCUGUUUAGGAAUGCGUUUUUUGGAGCAAUGGUUCCGCCAGAACAAGCGUGUGCUCACGUUCCUCGGCUGCGCGAACGGGCUGGGUGGGCGGGCGUUGGGUGCGGAGAUGGCGGCGGCCACAAUUCGAGACUCAUCCAUCUUGAAGCGAUCCCGCUUCCCGCAUCACUGGGAGAACAUCAUUUGCGAGUCGGCGGAAGCGGAUAAACGCCAGUUGGCCGCGUUACCACGUAAGAUAUUUUAUUGAAAGAAGAUUUAUCGGUAAAAAAUUUGGAGUUUGUCAUUAAAAAACGGGAAAUUUGAUGAUUUAUGGAUUUAAUACUUUCUCGAAAAUGACUACUUAAAAUGGCCUGAAAUGUUCUAAAUAUCAUUUUAUACUAUAAUCUUUGUGUACGUCUUGUUUUUAGCCGAAAACGGAAAGUUUGAAAGUCAUCAUUAUAUUACACUUGAUAUCAAACUUCAGGUCCUAUAUCUCAGAGAUUUUCAUGCAAGAAGAUCUAAUAUUUUUAUAGUAGACACACUAUAGGCUUGUUCUGUUCUAUUCUGAAAUUUGCUAAAAUCGAACAUGUUUAGACAGGCAAUUAUAUUACACUUGACAUCAAACUUUAUGUCCCUAUAUCUCGAAGAAUUAUUUUAAUAGAGAUCUGAAAUUUCUAUCAUUACUAUUCUAUGUCUAAUUAUUGCUAUAUUUUUGGUUUCAGCCAAUUCGGACUUAUUUGGAUAUUAGAAUUAUAUUACACUUGACAUCAGACUUUAGGUCCCUAUAUCUCGAAGAGUUCUUUUCACAGUGGUCUAAGAUUUCUAACAUGAGCACUUUAUGCUUAUUUAUUGCUAUAUUUUCAGUUUCAGCCACUUUGGACUUAUUUUGAUAUCAUAAUUAUAUUACACUUGACAUUAACAAAAAAAAUCUCAUUUCUCCUUUCAGACAUCCGAGUCUACAUCAAAGAGCUGGCCAAAUGCGCGAAACGCGUCAUCAUGGACAAGAAGGACUUGUGCGUGAUUGGUGGCGAUCAUUCCGUCGCGAUGGGAACCUGGAGCGGCGUUUCGGCGGCGUUGGCCGCGAUGGGCCGCGGUCGUCUCGGACUGGUCUGGAUCGACGCCCAUCUCGACGCACACACUCCGCAGAGCAGCGAGACGGGAAAUGUGCAUGGAAUGCCGGUGGCGCAUCUGCUUGGCUAUGGGGACUUGCAAUUGGCGGGGCUGUUCGAUAAGAUCCCGAAAAUUCAGCCCGAAAAUUUGGCCAUGGUCGGAAUUCGGUCGUUCGAACGUCCCGAGGAGAAGCUGUUGAAGGAUCUGAAUGUGAGUUGGAAGGGAAUUUGGAGCUUUUUUUUUAUUUUAAAAAAAAAAAAAAAGGAAAAUUCAACAAAAUUUUGAAAUGUUUUCGCAUCGGAAGUAGAAAAAAGGGUGUCUGACUGAAUAUUAACUGUGGUGCCGGCAGCACUAAAAUUUUGUCUAAAACCAAUGGUACCACCUGGUACUAUAUAGUACCACGUGUUUUUGGGCUCUACUAAGCACCAAACCAUCACCAUUACUGCCUCAUGACCAAAUUUUCACUUCUUACAAAACAGUACCAGUUGGUACUAUAUAGUACCAAGUGUUAAAACGUGUUUUUGGGUUCUACUAAGCACCAAACCAACGCCAUUACCGCCUUACGGCCAAAUUUGCACCUCGUACUAAAUAGUACCAGGUAGUACUAUUUAGUACCAAGUGUUAAAAAUGUGUUUUUUAAGCAGUACUAGGCACCAAAACAACACCAUUAACGUCUAAAAGUGCCAUAAGUCGAAAAAUUUUCAAAAAGAAUCCCUAAAGGCAGUAAGGUAACAGAAACCCAGUUUUCAUAUUCAGUCAGUUCAUACUCAGUCAGCUCGAAAACCUUUCAAAUUUUUUUCAAUUUUCACAAAAAAUCCUUUUGUUAAAAGUCCCGAAGCGAAAACAUUUCAGAUUUUAUUCAAAUUUCACAAAAAAUCCUUUUUUUCCAAGUCCCGAAGCGAAAACAUUUGAAAAUUUUUUUAAAUUCACCAAAAAAUUCUUUUUUCCAAGUCCCGAAGCGAAAACAUUUGAAAAAUUUUUUAAAUUCACCAAAAAAUUCUUUUUUCCAAGUCCCGAAGCGAAAAUAUUAAACGGUAUCGUUGACCCGAAAUGUCGUUGACCCGAGGUGUCGUUGACCCGAAGUGUCGUUGACCCGAGUGGUCGUUGACCCGAGUUGUCGCGACCCGAGUUGUCCCUGACCCGAAAUGUCGUAGCGCCAUUUUUUUCAAAAAAAAGAAAAAAAAAAUUUUCGACCAAAAAAUCGGUACGAUUUCUGAAAAAAUGGAGCUAAAAAGUUUUAAAAGACCUUGGAAAACCGCCGUUUUUAUUUUCAUCAAGUUUUGUCAAAUUUUCAAAAAAUUUUUUAGGUCAGAAUAUUCUACAUGGACGAGGUGAAAGAACGAGGAAUUUCGGCCGUUCUGAAGGAAGCAGUGGCCAUUGCUCGCAACGGAACGGCCGGAUUUGGGAUGUCGAUCGAUUUGGAUGGGUUUGAUCCGGUCGCAGCGCCCGCUGUUGGGACUCCGGAGCCGGAUGGGCUGGAUCCGGACGAGUUUUUGAAUGCACUUCAUGUAAGUGUGAUUUUUGACUGGAAAUUGUUGAUUUGAGGAUUGGAUUUUGAUGAGACUUGGCCGAAUUUUGGCUGAGAAUUUUUUGAGAGCUCUGUCGGAUUUUUAAGUUGAGGAUUUUUCGAAAUUUUUGAUAUUUUUUGGUCGAAAAUGGCGAAAAUUAAAAUUUUUUUUUUUUUUAUUUUGGACUUUUAAAAAUCGAAGUUUAUUGCUCAAUGAGUAUAAUAUUUGCAUUAAAAAUCAAUUUUUUCCAUGCGAAAUAAAGAAAAAUAGAAACAAAAAUGUUUCUCUGACCAUCUCUCCUCAUUUUCCAUGCUCUCUCUCACUCUUUCAAAGUUUCGUUCAAAAUCUCGGUUCAAUUUGCAAAUUACGACCUAAGAUUGUGAGAAAUUGAUUUACAGCCCAGAUGGGCCAAAUAAGCAAAAUUUGAAGAAAAUCUGAGAAUCGUGUCAAGAGCAGUUUGACUUCAUUUGUUGAUGCCUAAAGUAAUAUAAUUUUUUCAGGAACUCGAUUUUUCUCGACUUGUGGCCACGGAAUUGGCCGAAUUCUCUCCGGAAAGAGACACUCCCGACCGCCGGACGGAACGUUUGUGCAUCGAUUUGUUGCGCAACAUCUACACCAGCAAGUGGCAUGAUCUGCGGAAUAAAUUGAACAGUUGA